GACAGGACUCAGAAGCAUAUCACUUCUUUGAGGUUAUUUCUUUCUCAUCGCUUUGCUAAUAGCCAUGGGGGCAACCAGCAUCACACAAGAGCUCACAUGCCCGAUCGCUGCGGCUCGCAUGUUCAAGGCCUUGAUCAUCGAGGCGAAUGCCCUGAUCCCGAAGCUCCUUCCUCAGUUCAUAAAGAGCGUGGAGCUCGUGCAAGGCGAUGGAGGAGCCGGGAGCAUCGAGCAAGUUAACUUCACCGAAGCUAGUCAUUUCAAGUAUGUGAGGCACCGGAUCGAUGAGCUCGACAAGGAGAACUUCGUUUGUAGGUACACGAUGAUUGAGGGUGAUGCACUGGGCGACAAGCUCGAGUCGAUUGAUUAUCAGGUCAAGUUUGAUGCCGCCAGUGACGGAGGGUCAGUGUGCAAGAUGACCAGCAAGUACAACACCAAGGAGGCAUUUCAAGUUGAAGAAGAGGAGAUCAAGGCUGGGAAGGAGAAGGCCAUGGCCAUAUUCAAGGUUGUGGAGUCUUACCUCCUAGAGAACCCACAGGCCUACGCCUAGGACAUGUUCCGACGCCCUCCUCGUUAAGAAUAUUGUUUGUAAUUCUUUGCCAUGAUUUAGGUUUACACAUAAGAAUUUGUUGAGUGUCAUACAAAAGCUCUUGCUCUCAAGAAGAGCUACCAUAUCUUCUUUACUUUUGUCUUGUGAUUUCGACCGACCAAAUUUUGAUCUGCAGCAUUUAGAGCUCGCCAGAGUCAUGAAAACCAAGUUCUUCGAAAUCGGAUUUAAAUUCUUGAGCUUGGAC